AUGCAUGGGCAAUUUGGAUUCAAAUCACCACAUGGUCCAUGUAUCAUAUGCUUUUUAACUAAAUCAAACAAAUCUUUGUCAAUAUCUUUAUCUGGUAUUCUAGCACUAAUUCCACGCUUUUCAACAUCUUCAGAGCUAGUAACUUUAUCAAUAUCAAACAUGGUCAAAAGCAGAUGGAUGUGCGGUAGUCCCCGACCUUGGUUCUCUACCGGAUACAUCCAACAAAGUUCUCUACCAAAAAUCUUAGUCUUUGUUAUCUCAGUCAUUAAUGCUUUUACUUUUAGAUAGAAUACUCUAUCAACUAAAUCUGGUCUAUCUGCUGAAACUUGUCCUUGAUACAAAUUCU